GCACAUAUUGAUUUACUCACCUCAAAUAUGAACUUGUUCUGUGCGGAUGGAGUUAAAUUGCAUCCGCUCAUCUGCAUUACCCCUCAAAUUGUUAUAUCGGUGGCCAGCUUCAGUGGUCCUUCAUCGGAAAUGAGCAGCGAAAAAGGCGAUAACUUAGAUUCGAGAGUUGUUGAGACAUUAAUCAUACCAUCGGAAACAACUUCAAUGAAUUCAGUAACACUCUCUUCAUCGCCACAAAACGUCAGCGUCGAAAAUGUGAUCAUUUCACAACUUUUCGAUGGAUAA